UCGCACCCCUCAGCCCCUACACUCCGCUCUUCCCCGGCGCUGAUUGUCACACAUUGUUUACUACGGCUUGAAAUGUGACUCACAACACAGGCUAUCUGCUGGAGUACCGCUCUGACAACUGAGGGAGUCUUUUUUGACGCGCGCCGUGCGUCUUGGUAAUUUGGGGACAGGCCGUGGAGACUACCUUUUCUGCCAUGACAGUGGAUUUGUUUGCGCUUUUAUGCGUGCUGGUCACCACAUCCUCCGCGAUGGAAGAGACCGUGAUGGACACUCGGGUGGCCACAGCUGAACUGGGCUGGACGGCGUAUCCUAAUUCUGGGUGGGAGGAGGUGAGUGGCUAUGAUGAAAACCUGAACACAAUCAGGACCUACCAGGUGUGUAAUGUCUUCGAGCCCAGUCAAAACAACUGGCUCCUCACCACCUUCAUCGACCGGCGUGGAUCGCAGCGCAUCUACGUGGAGAUCCGAUUCACCGUGCGCGACUGCAGCUCCAUCCCCAACGUCCCCGGCUCGUGCAAGGAGACGUUUAAUCUCUAUUACUAUGAAACGGACGCUGUCAUUGCCACUAAAGGCACCGCCUUCUGGAUGGAGGCCCCUUACCUCAAGGUGGACACCAUUGCUGCGGAUGAAAGCUUCUCGCAGGUGGACUUUGGCGGACGCCUGAUGAAGGUCAACACAGAAGUGCGGAGCUUUGGUCCAUUGUCUAGAAAUGGCUUCUACCUGGCGUUUCAGGACUAUGGCGCCUGCAUGUCUCUAUUGUCAGUCAGGGUGUUUUAUAAGAAGUGCCCGAGUGUGGUCCAGAACUUUGCAAUCUUUCCAGAGACAAUGACGGGGGCUGAGAGCACCUCCCUGGUAAUUGCAAGAGGAAUCUGCAUUCCCAACUCGGAGGAAGUAGAUGUCCCCAUAAAGCUGUACUGCAAUGGAGACGGAGAGUGGAUGGUUCCUAUCGGUAGCUGCACAUGCAAGGCUGGAUUUGAACCUGACAAUGGCAACGUAUGUCGAGCAUGCCCCCCGGGUACCUUCAAGUCAACCCAGGGUCCAGGUCUGUGUCUACAGUGCCCUCCUAACAGCCGCUCCACAGCUGAGGCCGCGACCAUCUGUGUGUGCCGCAACGGUUACUACCGCGGCGACGCUGAUCAGCCGGAUGAACCCUGCACCAGUGUCCCAUCCAGCCCGAGGAAUGUGAUCUCCAUUGUGAACGAAACGUCCGUGAUCCUGGAGUGGCACUCUCCCAGGGAGACGGGUGGCCGCGAUGACGUCGUCUACAACAUAGUGUGCAAAAAGUGCCGGGCUGACCGGCGCUCCUGCUCCCACUGCGACGACAAUGUGGACUUCGUCCCUCGACAGCUGGGUCUGACUGACACCAGGGUGUUCAUCAGCAACCUGUGGGCUCACACUCUCUAUAGCUUUGAAAUACAAGCUGUCAAUGGAGUGAGCAAUAAGAGCCCGUACCCUGCCCAGCAUGUCUCCAUAGACAUCACCACCAACCAGGCUGCUCCCUCCAUAGUUCCCAUCAUGCACCAGAUCAGCUCCACAAUGAAUAGCUUCACACUGUCUUGGCCACAACCAGAACAGCCCAAUGGCAUUAUUCUGGACUAUGAACUGCGCUACUACGAAAAGGACCAUGCAGAGAUUAACUCCACCAUCCUGCGAAGCCAAACUAACACUGCACGCGUGGAGGGCCUCAGGCCGGGUACAGUCUACGUGGUACAGGUGCGGGCAAGGACUGUGGCUGGCUUUGGCAAAUACAGCAGCAAGAUGUGCUUCCAAACCCUCACAGAUGAUGACUUCAAGUCUGAGCUGAGGGAACAGCUUCCUCUGAUUGCGGGGUCGGCGGCAGCAGGAGUGGUCUUUAUUGUUUCCCUUGUUGCCAUCUCCAUCGUGUGCAGCAGGAAAAGGGCAUACACCAAGGAGGCGGUGUACAGUGACAAGUUGCAACAUUACAGCACAGGAAGAGAACUCUCUUUGCGAGCCGACAUGUCUAACUGCCCCUCCCCACUGGGCUGCCCGACCCACUUCUCAGGCUCCCCGGGGAUGAAGAUCUACAUCGAUCCCUUUACCUACGAAGACCCCAACGAAGCUGUGCGAGAAUUCGCCAAGGAGAUUGACGUCUCCACUGUCAAGAUUGAGGAGGUCAUCGGUGCAGGUGAAUUUGGGGAGGUGUACAAAGGCCGUUUGAAGCUGCCCGGUAAGCGGGAGAUCUAUGUAGCUAUCAAGACCCUCAAGGCGGGCUACGUGGAGAAACAGAGGCGCGACUUCCUGUCUGAGGCGUCAAUCAUGGGCCAGUUCGAUCACCCAAACAUUAUCCGUCUGGAGGGUGUGGUCACAAAGAGUCGUCCAGUCAUGAUCGUCACAGAGUUUAUGGAGAAUGGUGCCCUUGACUCAUUCCUCAGGCAAAAUGAUGGUCAGUUCACGGUGAUCCAGUUAGUGGGAAUGAUGCGUGGGAUUUCAGCUGGGAUGAAAUAUCUCUCAGAAAUGAACUACGUCCACCGUGACCUGGCUGCACGAAACAUUCUGGUCAACAGCAACCUGGUGUGUAAAGUGUCUGACUUUGGCCUGUCGCGCUACCUACAGGAUGACACCUCUGAUCCCAGCUACACCAGCUCUCUAGGUGGGAAGAUCCCAGUGAGGUGGACAGCACCAGAAGCCAUCGCUUACAGAAAGUUCACCUCUGCCAGUGACGUUUGGAGCUACGGCAUCGUCAUGUGGGAAGUGAUGUCGUUUGGAGAGAGGCCUUACUGGGACAUGUCCAACCAGGAUGUGAUUAACGCAAUUGAACAGGACUACCGUCUGCCGCCACCUAUGGACUGCCCCAGCGCUCUGCACCAGUUGAUGCUGGACUGUUGGCAGAAGGACCGUAACGUACGACCCCGCUUUGCCGACAUUGUCAGCACCCUGGACAAGAUGAUCCGUAAUCCCACCAGCCUCAAAGCUGUAGCCAACAUCCCUGCAGUGCCUUCUCAGCCACUGUUGGACAGAUCCAUACCUGACUUCAACACCUUCAGCUCAGUAGAGGACUGGCUCGGUGCCAUCAAGAUGAGCCAGUACAGAGACAACUUCCUAAACUCAGGUUUUACCUCCCUGCAGCUGGUGGCUCAAAUGACCUCAGAGGACUUGCUGAGAAUAGGAGUGACCCUGGCAGGCCACCAAAAGAAGAUCCUCAGUAAUAUCCAGUCCAUGAGGGUGCAGAUGAGCCAGUCACCCACGACUAUAGCAUGACUACAGGGGGCGCUGUGCCACGGAGCAGGCAGCAUUCGCAGGACCAACAACAAUGGCAGCCCUCGAAUGACCCCUGAUCCAUCGGAACGCGCCAGAAUCGAGACAAUUGUCUUAAUCUAAUCCACACUACCAUGACAACAGGAGACCAGGGUCUACACCACCACAUGAUUAACCGUUAUCACACUUCAUGCAAUCCACGCCGGGAGUUCAGGGUUCAGACUUGAUGCUGUUUCUCCAUUUAUCCUCAAUAAAGGAAGGAAGACAGGUAUCAGUUGAUGUGGUUAUGGACUGCCAUUCAUGUCAUUUUAAACCAAAAUAACUCCAACAAUCUGACAUUGACACAGGGACUCCCUCACAAUCUCAGACUGUAUGGCACAAUGAGUGAUAUUGUACUUCUUUAUUAUCUGGACUUGAAGAUGUUAAAAUUGUAAAGCGAAGUGUGAGACAUUUAGAAACAACGUGUGACCUGUGAUUUUUACCGUCGUCAAUGUGUGCAAUGAAGAUGCCUUGACCUGGCCAGAAAUAAGUCCCAGAAGAAAAAAGCAGUGACCAAUAGGAAUAAUUAGAGGGAGAAGAAUACAGGGAUGUACAGUGGAGCACCAUCUUCAACUUUCACGUCAUAUUUUGCUCAUUUGAAGAAUUUGAAAAAAAUGUAUUCUAAAUGGACUGGCCAAAAUUUAGAGCCAGUUAUAUUUUUGUCUUUUACCAUCUGUUUGUUUGUUUUGUUUUUAUCACUAUAGCAAGAUGCCGCCCACUCGUAUUUUAUCUUUAACACUACCUGUGGUAACCUGGGUGGAGGGCCUUGCCAAAGGACUUCUUAAACCAGCCCCACCCAGAUUCAGAGAAUAUAAAUAUGUUUAUCUCUUGCUGAAUAUGAUUAUAUAUGUCAUAAUAAACCUUCAUAUUGAAGGUGAUAUGUAUGAAUAUGUAUGUACAGAACUCUCUGCUUGCAUUUUUGGCAAAGACAUGUUUGUUGACUAGAUUGUGAUAGACACAUGCAAUGUGUAGAUUCCCCACGGUGCCCUGGUUUCCUUCAGGCGGCCGGACAACAGACACUGGGUUGUACGACUCCCUGCUUCAGGGGCACAAGGGCAAUCCUAACCGGAUCUUAAGCUAAGGAAAACAUUAAAGGAAUUUUAGGCAAAGAAUUGGUAUUGUAGAACUAUAUGACAUUUGCUGUAGGAGUUAAAAUAAUUGACAAAAUAUCCGUUUAAUGUGGCUGUACACAUUCUGUCUCUUGCUGGUGAGCACUUACUUGUACAGAUAUGUUUUAUGUUUUUAUUUCUUUUUGUUCUGUUGUUGUGUGUGUGUGUGUGUGUGUGUGUGUGUGUGUGUUGCGAGUGCUCAGCAACAUCCAGAGGGGAAGGAAACUCCACACCUCGGCUGGCCCACAUCUAUGGUAAAUAUCCGUUGACUUUGCAUAAAAUUGCUGUGUAUCAGUAUUUCAGGCAAAUCCAGUCAGUCUUCCUCAUGGGUCCUGUAAGUAUCUUUGGCGGGGCAAAACCCGCUGCACGUUUGAAAUGCUUGGGAGAGUAGCUAAUCAAAGCGCUGGAAAUCACUUUUCACUUCUCUACACAGUCAAAAUGAGCAUCUGGGCUGAGGUUUGCCAACAGACGCCAUUCCUAUGAACACACAGGCUUAUUAAUAAACAACCCACACGGGUUCCACGCCGCUCACUCUGUAGAAAAGCCUUCCACAGACUGCCGUAGCUAAGCUGCUGAGUACAUCUAUGCACUCUCACUAUACGCUGCUGCCAUAUGGGUAUACAGGUUGAGGGCAAACACUUUGUGGGAGUUUCAUGCAUAUAUGAAUCGGUCCAUAAGUCUUAGCUGCAGGAAUUGGUGUUUGGAAACACACUCUUUGGUAGUGCUUGAUUGCAAGACGUCUAUACUGUUCCUAAGGGAUGCUGUGGUUGGACUGUCUUUGAAAUUACACUGCUGUAUCUGGAAUAUAUUUUGCGAAUAUUGCUGGAUAGUACACAAGGAUGAUUUCUCUUUUUUUAGUCUGGGGAUGGUCUGUGCAAUGCGAUAGUGUGAGAGCAGCUUGGUGAUGAGUAGAGGUGGUUUUGCUUACUUAUUUUUUCUUUGGCAAGUUUUGUCAAGUGUUGAUGAAAUAGUAAUAACAAUUGAAAGCAAACUGACCCGAAUGUCCCUGUGGUUGUUUUCCCAUGACAUGCGGCCAUGGUAGCAAAGUGUAUUCACAGACAAUUAUCAUGAGCUUUUGUAUAAUCAAGUCCCUGCUGUAGCUGUGGCCCUGCUUAUAUCCCCUUUGGCCCUAUGUGAAGAGGCAUGAAUGAAUACAGAUCUAACCACCUUUCAUCCCAAAUUACAAAUUGAUGGCGGACCCACUAAGUGAUUAUUAUGUAUACUCACCCGCCUUAAGUCAUCCUCCUCCUCACUCUGUCCUGCCCUCUCUCCCUGCCCUCUCUCGCUAGCUGGCACAUCUCCAGCUCGUUUAUCCUUGGUGUAACCAAGCUGUCCUGGGCUGUCCUGGAGUGGGCUGGGCCAUGGCCACCCCGGCCUGAGAAAUGGUUGGCUCCACGCUCAAGUGGGCCCAGGCAAGGAUGCAAACACCUGCUGGGACCCCCAUUUGACAGGCAUCAGAUCAGCCACGGUUAGGGAGACUGAUGGGAGUGUCAAAAACCAAAUACACACAAACUAAGGAACCCUCUAUUAUGAUUUGCCCACAUCUGGUUUCCAGCCUGAUGCUUAAUGAAGAGAAAGUUGGCAGAGACCCGACAGAGUCUGUGCUUAUGUGAUUGCAAGAGGGGGAUGAGUCAGUUUACAGAAGGGUGGGGUUGCAGGAUAGAGGCGACAUAAAGAUGGAGUGUUGGAUGAAAGUCAGAAAGUUAGCUUAUUGAAGUAAAUCGGCUGUUUUUGUUUUGCAGUUUGGUUUAUGUGGCAACAUCUUUGUCAUUGUAUAAAGUUAAUUUCGUUGGUUUAGUUUGGUAAUGGAACAUACGGUAAUCAAGCAACUGGUUUGCUUCAUGGGCAAAAUCAAUUGCUUUCUCUUUUUCCAUUUAUCAAUAUAAUAAUAAUCACAUACUUCUUGAGAUUGGCAUGAAUCCCUUUUCGCAGAAGCCAACGAUUCAAUUUGAAUCCAUUAGUCCUCUAUUCAGCUCAGUCUCAUGUAUUUGCUUUUCAACCCAAGAGCCUGUGAAUGAGAUGAUAGAAUGCAUUCAUUAUGCAACAGUGUAAUUCUCCAUUUGCUCUGUUUGUCUUUCUAAAUAUCUGACUGUAAUGACACUCCAGUGUGAUGAAUGGAGAGGCGGGUCGCCAUCCCUCUCUGAAAGCCGUUUCAUAUGGAAGCCAUUCAUCACACUGAUACAAAACACAAGAACAGAGCUUGUAAAAUGUUUCAUGGUGCUGUUACUGUCGGAGAAGUGACCAACGAUCCUUUUAGUAGCUGAUUUCACGCCUAUCAUUUAUAGGUCACAACUGUAGAAGCCGCGUUGGCCUGACACGACACCCUACAAAAACUACCCUGUUAAACUACUCCAUUCUUUUUCCCCCUCUGUUUCAGACCGUGGACUCGAUAUACACGCAUAUUAAAACACAAACACACAAGACUUCAUGUCACACUUUUACAUGCACACACACCAUGUGAACACUUGGAGUUGCUGUGGGAAGAAGGAGCAGGUGAAAUGGGACCUUUUCAAGGAAACCAGUCAUAACAUCGCCCUGUGCUACACAAUGGAUGUUGGAGAUGGAUAUGAGCGUGCACAUUGUCGUACUUUGUUUGUCUGUGUGUGAGAGAGUGAAUGUAUCUGUGUGAGCAUAGCAGGCACAUUUGUGUGUACAGACAUGUAUGUGUGCACAGGUACACUGUUUAAGAGCGUGAAGUCUAUUGUUUGUUGUUUUUUUCUUUCUGUAUAGCUACCACUUGUAAAUUGUGACAAGUAUGUGUCAAGAGUUUGUAAGCUGUAACUUUCUGAGAAAUAUUGUACUAAAAUGCACUCAAUAAACGCCUUGGAAAACAA